GAUGUCAAUAUGCGGCUUGGUGCGGCGCUGGGAAACAGAACCACUGGAAAGAUGUAAACCAAGUAACCAGCAAAUACCAGCCUCAACGAAGACACUAAACCAAACCUCCGGGGAAACCUUACCUUUAGGCGGAGAGGCGGAAACCACAGCAGCGGGGCAGCUCGCCGGGUCUCUUGCCUCCGAAGCAGCGGAGCGUCUGUCUGAAAGCAGCCAUCUUUUGUGAGAGAAUGUACGGGGCGACGCGGCGGGCCUGCUCGGGCUCUGGCCGGGGCCGGAGCCUGCUGAUGCUGUCGACCGCGCUCCUGCUCUCGGUCGUCGGGCUGCUCUCCGGGCUGCCCGGCGUCACCGAGGCGAAGGAAUGCGACAAGCCGUGUAUGAACGGCCAGUGCAACACCGCUACGGGCAACUGUGUGUGCUUCCCCGGCUGGGUUGGGGACCAAUGCCAGCACUGCGGAGGGCGAUUCAGGCUGACGGGGCCCUCCGGGUAUCUGACCGACGGACCGGGAAACUACAAGUACAAGACCAAGUGCACAUGGCUCAUCGAGGGACAGCCCAACACUAUACUUAGAUUAACCUUCAACCACUUUGCCACUGAGUGCAGCUGGGACCACCUCUACGUGUACGAUGGAGACUCCAUUUACGCUCCUCUUCUCGCUGCUUUCAGUGGUCUUAUCGUUCCUGAGCGUUACGGGAACGAGACGGUUCCAGAGGUGGUGUCUCAGUCCGGCUUCGCUCUGCUGCACUUCUUCAGUGACGCUGCCUACAACCUGACCGGCUUCAACAUUUCCUACAGGGUGAAUACAUGUCCCAACAACUGCUCAGGCCGUGGCGAGUGUCGCGUGGGCGUCUCCGAUGGCUCGGUGUACUGCGAGUGUGAGGGCAACUGGAAGGGAGAAGCCUGCGACGUCCCGUACUGCAUGGCCGACUGCGGCCACCCCGAACGAGGUCGCUGCCAGGACAAGAUGUGCAUCUGUAACACCGGAUGGCAAGGUCCAGACUGCUCCAUCUCAGUGCCUGCCAAUUCCUCCUUCUGGAGCCGGGAGGAGUACACCGAGGCCGGGCUGGCCAGGGCUUCCCACAAGGCCGUGGUGGACCAGGGCAUCAUGUGGGUCAUCGGAGGCUACGUCUUCAACGCCUCCGACUAUCACAUGGUCAAAGCGUACAACAUGAGCAGCAAGAGGUGGCUGACCCUCGACCCCUCCGUCAACACCGUCACGCCACGAUACGGCCACUCACUGGCUCUUCAUGAGGGAAAGAUCUUCAUGUACGGAGGAAAGAUCGACUCCUCAGGAAACGUGUCCAGCCAGCUGUGGGUUUUCCACAUCCAGAACCAGACCUGGGUCCUCCUGAGCCCCCGGGCCAAGGAGCAGUACGCCGUGGUGGGACACUCGGCCCACAUCGUGCCUCCCGUCCAGGAGGGGGACAGCCCUGUCAUGCUGGUGCUGUUUGGACACUGUCCUCUGUAUGGUUACAUCAGCCAGGUGCAGGAGUACAAUAUCGCCAAGAACACGUGGAGCGUGGCGCCUACGGACGGCGCGCUGGUUCAGGGCGGCUACGGCCACAGCAGUGUUUUCGACCCGGGCACCAGAGCCAUCUACAUCCACGGCGGCUACAAGGCCUUCAGCGCCAACAAGUACGGCUUGGCUGGAGACCUGUACAAGUUCGACGUGGACAAGAGAAAGUGGACCAUUCUGAGAGACAGCGGCUUCUUCCGUUACCUCCACACGGCGGUGAUAGUGAGCGGGACGAUGCUGGUGUUCGGAGGAAACACACACAACGACACGUCCAUGAGCCAUGGCGCCAAGUGCUUCUCCUCUGACUUCCUGGCCUACAGUCUUGCGUGCGAUGAGUGGACGGCGCUGCCUCGGCCGGACCUCUUCCAUGACGUCAACCGCUUCGGACACUCUGCCGUCUUCAGUGACAGUGUGAUGUACGUGUUCGGCGGCUUCAACAGCCUGCUGCUCAGCGACGUCCUCAUGUACACCUCGCCCAGCUGCUCGGCCUUCUCCAGCGAGUCGUCCUGCAGCCAGGCCUGGCCGGGGAUCCACUGCGUCUGGAACAACACCCAGGGGACGUGCCUGCCCUGGGAGGGCAACGCUGUAGGACCUGAACAGCAGCAGCUGACGGCCUCCUGUAACACAAGAUCAUAUGCCGAUAACGAGAGGUGUGAACAAUACACCGACUGCUACAGCUGCACCGCCAACACCAACGGCUGCCAGUGGUGCGCCAGCCAGUGUGUGUCCCUGGGAAGCAACUGCACCUCCACCGCAGGGGCAAUAGGGGAGUACGAUGUUUGCCCCAAGGACAACCCCUCGUACGUGUGCAACAAGAAAACCAGCUGCAAGAGCUGCGCCGUGGAUCAGAACUGUCAGUGGGAACCUCGCAACCAGGAGUGCAUCUCCCUGCCAGAAAACGUGUGUGGUGAAAGCUGGCACCUGGUGGGCAACUCCUGUCUGAAGUUCAUCACGGCGAAGGACUCGUACGACAACGCCAAGCUGGCCUGCAGGAGCCACAACGCCGUGCUGGCCUCACUCACCACGCAGAAGAAGGUGGACUUUGUCCUGAAGGAGCUGCAGAUCAUGAGCGUGGUGUACAAGGCCACAGUGACGCCCUGGGUGGGGCUCCGGAAAAUCAACGUGUCGUACUGGUGCUGGGAGGACAUGUCGCCCUUCACCAACACCACCCUGCAGUGGCUGCCCGGGGAGCCCAGCGACGCCGGCUUCUGCGGCUACCUGGCCGAGCCGGCGUCCAGCGGACUGAAGGCGCAAACCUGCAUCAACCCGGUGAACGGCAGCCUGUGUGAACGACCAGCCAACCACAGCGCCAAGCAGUGCCGGACGCCGUGUGCCAUGCGAACCACCUGCAGCGAAUGCACCAGCAGCAGCUCCGAGUGCAUGUGGUGCAGCAACAUGAAGCAGUGCGUCGACUCCAACGCCUACGUGGCCUCCUUCCCCUUCGGACAGUGCAUGGAGUGGUACACCAUGAACACCUGUCCACCGGAGAACUGCUCUGGGUACAGAACAUGCGGACAGUGUCUGGACCAGCCCGGCUGCGGCUGGUGCACCGACCCCAGCAACACGGGCAAAGGUCAGUGCAUCGAGGGCUCGUACCGCGGGCCCUUCCAGACCUCGGUGCCGGCCCCGUCCACCCUGCCCGGUCUGCCCGCCAGCCCGCAGCCGGCCCUCAACGCCAGCAUGUGCCCCAGUGAGGCCAAAUACAACUGGUCCUUCAUCCACUGCCCAGCUUGUCAGUGUAAUGGUCACAGUCAGUGCGUCAACGAGAGUGUGUGCGAGAAGUGCGAGGACCUGACAACCGGCCGGCACUGCGAGAGCUGCAUUUCCGGCUUCUACGGAGAUCCGACCAACGGGGGCAGCUGCCAGCCCUGCAAGUGUAACGGCCACGCCAGCAUGUGCAACCCCAACAACGGCAAGUGCUUCUGCACCACCAAGGGCAUCAAGGGAGAUCGCUGCCACCUGUGUGAAGUCGAGAACCGUUACCAAGGCAACCCCCUCAAAGGAACGUGCUACUACACGCUCCUCAUCGACUACCAGUUCACCUUCAGCCUGUCACAGGAGGACGACCGCUACUACACCGCCAUCAACUUCGUGGCCACACCUGAGGAGCCAAACCGGGAUCUGGACAUGUUCAUAAACGCCUCCAAGAACUUCAACCUGAACAUCACCUGGGCCACGAGCUUCACCGCAGGAACCCAGACCGGGGAGGAGAUCCCCAUCGUCUCCCGGAGCAACAUCAAGGAGUUCAAAGACAGCUUCUCCAACGAGAACUUUGAUUUCCGCAACAACCCCAACAUAACGUUCUUUGUCUACGUCAGCAACUUUACGUGGCCCAUUAAGAUUCAAAUCGCCUUCUCGCAGCACAGUAACUUCAUGGACCUGGUGCAGUUCUUUGUCACAUUCUUCAGCUGCUUCCUGUCCCUGCUCCUGGUGGCCGCCGUGGUUUGGAAGAUCAAACAGAGCUGCUGGGCGUCAAGGCGACGAGAGCAACUGCUAAGGGAGAUGCAGCAGAUGGCGAGCCGGCCUUUCGCCACCAUCAACGUCGCCUUGGAGACGGACGAAGAGCCGCCUGACCUGAUAGGAGGAAACGUCAAGUCUGUCCCGAAACCCAUCGCCCUCGAGCCUUGCUUCGGCAACAAAGCCGCCGUGCUCUCCAUCUUUGUGCGGUUACCCAGGGGCACCGGCGGCAUCCCUCCUCCAGGACAGUCUGGUCUGGCGGUGGCCAGCGCGCUGGUGGACGUCUCUCAGCAGAUGUGUGUGGGCUACAAGGAGAAGUCCGGAGGCCUGAGGAACCGCAAACAGCAGCCCACCGCACAGCCAUCCACCUGUAUCUGACCACGCCCCCCAUCCUCCUCCACCAUUCCCGGCCCGACGCUCUCCAAUUUAGCCCCCUGCCUCGGCCCCCUCCUUCAGAGACUUCUGCCAGCUCCGCUCUGGCAGGGAGAGGUGCAUGCUGGGACGCAGGACUGGAACAUUUUGGUGAGGGGCCGAGUUGUCCAGUGCACUGAAGCCUCAGUGGGCCCCCCCCUCCCCCUUCUCUCCUCCCGCAGGAACUUUUGGUCCCUUCAAACUGAAUGAAAGACACUGGACACAGAGGAGGGGGAGGGAGGGAGGGACAAAGCGGGUGCUGCCUCCACCCUUUCCCAUCGAAAAAAAAAAACAUUUUACAUUUGUCGACACCGCCUCGUUAGAGUCGAGGCGGCCACGGCUUGCUGCUAGAAGAGAUCCUCGUCUCGUAGUUUUUUGGAAACCCAGAGACUUUGCAACCCUCUAUGUUCUUGUUUUACUUAAGUUAUUGUUGUUCUUUGUUUUGUAUUGUGUUAUUUUGAAUGCAGGAACAAACUGGACAUGUGUAACUGCACAUGCACACACACACACACACACACACACACACACACACACACACACACCACACACACACACACACACACACACACACACACACACACACACACACACACACACACACACACACACUCUUCCCAAAAAACCUACUUUCCAGGCCCUCGACCCAUUUGUAGCCCAUUGUUGCCUGCUGUCAAGUUCACAGCUCAGCACUGAGGGUGGUGUCACCGGAGUCCUGUACAGUUUGGCCUCCGAGCAAGCGAACAGCAUGUUCAGUCUUCCUUUAAUGAGGAUCCACUGUAGGAGGCCAGCCGUGCAGCCAAAGCCCAUCUGAAGUAUGUGACAUUUCUAAUCGGCCUCUGUCUCUUCUACCGCUGUCUUGUGGCCUGUCUGGAGCUUUGUCUCCGCCCGUCUCUCUCUCUCUCUCUCUCUCUCUCUCUGUCUCUCUCUCUCUUUCUCUCUCUCCCUCUCUCUCUCUCUCUCUCUCUCUCUCUC